GCGCAUGGCGGGGAGGGGGUCACGUGUCUCGGAUCACGUGUCAAGCGGCGGAGUCGUCGGUGUCUGCUGCUGAGGAGCGCGGAUCAUGUGGGAGUUGAGGCCGUCAACCCCGGGAGGAGAAGGACCUUACUAUUUAUUAGUUGGUGUAAAUUACAUUGUUGGACGAAAAAACUGUGCCAUCCUUCUACAAGAUGAUCAGUCCAUCAGUCGUUCACAUGCCACACUUUCGAUUGUUCAUCCUGCUGCAAAUUUGAACCAAAUUGCCAAUAUCCCAGUACUGACAUUAAAAGAUACUUCAAAAUAUGGAACCUUUGUAAAUGAGGUGCGAUUAGUAAAGGACAAACCAAGGAUCUUGAAAUCAGGAGAAUUGGUUACAUUUGGAGUUUUUGACAGCAAAUUCAGGGUAGAAUAUAAACCCCUGAUCGUAAGCUCUUCCUGUUUGGAUGGGCCAGCUAAAAUUGCAUUAAACCAAUCAAUCCAAUGUCUUGGAGGUCAUGUUACUAACAGUUGGAUAGAGGAUAACACUCACCUUGUUAUGACAUCAGUAAAGGUUACAGCGAAGACUAUAUGCGCAUUGAUCUGUGGUCGACCAAUAGUAAAGCCAGAAUUCUUUGUCAAUCUUAUUGAAGCAAUCCGAAAUAAAGGGCAACUUCCCAAUUCAGAAAGUUAUGUCCCACGCAUUGAUGAACCUAGUAUCAAACCUGGAGAACUAGAUGUCACAGUGAAGCCAGAAAGAAAAUCAAUUUUUAGUGGCAAGACAUUCUUCUUUUUAAAUGGAAAACAGCACAAGAAGCUGAGUACUGCUAUAACUUUUGGUGGAGGAGACGCUAGAAUUUUGGAGAGUACUGGAUCAAAUAUUUUGCAGAUUGAAGCAGCAGGAAGUUGUGUUGUUGAAAUUGGUAUAUCAGAUUCUCAGAAAAUGUCAAGUUCAAUGGAAAAAUGGAUCGAGUCUGUAAUGAGAACAUUGCAACGGAAUGGAUUGCGUGCCAUACCCGAGGCAGAAAUUGGUUUAGCUGUUAUCUACAAUUCAACAGAUAGUUACUGUAACCCAUACAAAAAGCCUAUUUCUGAAACCAGUUCACAAACAAUGAUUCCAGGGCCUACACUCUCUCAAAGUGUGUGUAUGGCUGACGUGACAGCUCCGGAGUUUUCACAAACUAUUGCAUGUGUUCCAGAUACUCAACCAACGCAGGAUCAAAGUACAAGAUCAAUCAGAAGUCGUGCACAAGUGAUAGAAGAAACGCCAGAAAUGGAAGUGGGUAAUAAAGUGGCAACACAGAGUAUGUCUGCAGUGGAGGAAACAUUCAGCAAGAGGCUAUUAAAUUCUACGGAAAAAAACCAUUCGAAUGAAGAAAAGAGUCAAAUAUUGACGACUGAUGACAAAAAACCAUCCACAGCAACAAAACAUAAGCACGCUGAAAGGAAAGGCAACAACUCUUCACGAAAACAAUCCCAUCUUAUCCACAACUACUUUCAACCAUUGGAAAGAAAAAGGGAAAGAGAGGAAACUGGAUUAUCUCAGGCUAAAUUUGCAAGAACAGAGGGCCCAGAACUACUCGAUGAUCAUCCUCCACACAUUGAUUCCACAAUGGAAACAAAAGAUUCUGACAGCAGAAAUCAGAGCACACAGACCAAGUAUUUUUCUGAAAACCUCAAAACAGAAUCCUAUGCCAAGUGUUCAAAAGGGAAUUCUGGACCAUUUAAUGAAGCAAAAGUAACAGGAGAUGAUGUCCCACAGAAAAAUGAACUUUUGUGUGAGUAUAAAACAGAAAAAAGAAAACUUGAAGAAAACCUGGAAGAUGACAUAUUUUCCAGAAAUCAGCCACUGGGAGAGAGUAAAAGGAGAAAGGUAGAACUUGAUGUUUUUCCUUACAGUAUAAAGGAAGAGCAUAUGACAGAUGUGAAAGAUGUGCCCGUGUCGGAGAAAAUAACUGUUAAAAUAACUCAUGUGGAAUUGCAGCAAUCUGAAAAUUAUGAUACUACUCCAAGCAAACUUAUGUUAACUGUGUUCAAGUCACUUGUUGUUACUCAGCCUGGAAGAGCAACUCAACCUAUCUCCAAAAACAAUGCCAAUGACACCCAACUGAAGAACUUUAAAAAAUUUACAAAGGUUUUGUAUCCUGGUGCAAAGGCACUUCCGAAAAUUAUUGGGGGCACAGAUCUGAAAGCCUAUCAAACCAAACAGAGCUCCGAAAUGGAAGCGUGGUUAAGACAAGAAGUGGAGGAACAGAGCCAGAAAGCGAAGGAAGAGAAUCUUGCUGAUGACUUGUUCAGAUAUGACCCAAAAUCUAUGAAAAAAAGAUGAUGCAUUUGGGGAAAUCCAUCACUGGGAGCAAUAAUCAAACCCUUCAGAGUAUAAUGUAUGUAGCUGAAGAUGAUACGCAGAAGUCAUGAAGAUUUCUUUUUGGAAUAUUUAUAGUUAAUUCUAUUCAUGUUUAGGUGUUAAUUUUAAAAGUCAAUCUUUUUUUUUACUAUACUUCUGUUAGGCUACGUCAAGUUUGGUGAGAAUUUAGAGGAAGUUGGUGGAGAGCUGUUAAGUAUGUUAAGUAAGGCUUAUGAAUGUAUACCACCAUUUUGAAACUUGAAUGUAUUACAUAGCUGGUCCAAAAAUAUAUUAAAAUUGUUUAAUGUACCAUAAGAAUUAAUUCAAUAUUCUUUAUAUGUUUAAAUGUUCAAAACUACAUUCACACAACAGAUUGGUAUUUUAUUACAAAUGUUGUACAGAAGUCAGAUUUGAAAAUAAAGAAUUGCAGUUUUAGUAGUACAUUGGGACAAAAUAUUCUAGGGCCCAAGUUGUCUGUAUGAAAGAAAUCUGAGCUGUUUCACAUGAACCUGAGUUUAUCUUUGAUCCAAUUUUGCCUUUGUACAGUUAUUUUGUUUAUAUGAAAAUAGAUCUUGCCUUUCAAAUUGCAGAUUCUGCAGUAGAAAAUACAGCUUAGAUUUAUCAAUCAACUUAUCAUGUUGGGAUGUGUUUAAAUCAAUGUGCCUGUAAUCAUUAAAAUACUGUGGCCAUUCUACAUUAUUAGUGUAAACUUUUGUGUGUAACAUAGCAAUCAUAAAUCAUUUAUGUGAAUGAUUUAUCUUUCACAAUGUUUAUUUACCUUUAUUUACAAAAUUGUUUCACAAGUUACAUAGGACAGAAAAAUUAUACCAAGCUUCAAAGAUUUUAACCAAGUAGGAAUCAAAAUCAGCAUCUAGGGUUUAAGAGAAUUGUAAUUGGAAAACAGCUAGCCAGUAGCAUAAUAGAGAAAGGCUGUUCUGAGACCUUUAAAAUAAUUUUGAACAUUUUAAUUGUUUUAUUUUUAUUAAUCAUAUCAAUUUAGAACUUUCUUAACAAUUAUGUAGUUUCAAAGAAUUGGCAUAAUCGAUAGGUGAACAAUAGGAGAUAUUUGCAGGGAGAUAGUGACCAAGUUUGGGAGGUAAUAGGUGGAAACAAGAAAAGGUUGCAGGUUUUAUGAUCUGGUAAGAAAGGUAGCAGACACAAACAUGGGUGGUA